AUUUCAAGUCUCCGGUGAAGUUUUUCUGGGCUCUAAGUAUGAAGACAAAGUUCAUGAUAACAAUCUUCACUUGCUUACUACUUUGGUCGGCAGUGUUGUUACUAUCAUUCUCCAACAUCUUCAAACACCAGCUUCUUGGUGCUACAAUCAAUGUAGGUUCAAAGGAUUCUGUAAAACCGAGGGAUAAACUGUUAGGAGGUCUUUUAACCGCUGAUUUCGAUGAAGAUUCUUGCUUGAGUAGGUAUCAGUCUUCCUUGUAUCGCAAGCCUUCGCCUUACAGAACUUCUGAAUAUCUAGUCUCUAAGCUUAGAGACUAUGAGAUGCUUCACAAGCGUUGCGGUCCAGGCACUGAUGCUUACAAGAGAGCAACAGAGAAGCUUGGUCAUGAUCAUGAGAAUGUUGGAGAUAGCUCUGCUGGUGAAUGCAAAUACAUUGUGUGGGUGGCUGUUUAUGGGCUUGGAAACAGAAUACUCACUCUUGCUUCUGUGUUUCUCUAUGCUCUCUUGACAGAGAGAAUCAUUCUUGUGGACCAACGCAAGGAUAUUAGUGAUCUCUUUUGUGAGCCUUUUCCGGGUACUUCCUGGUUACUUCCUCUUGAUUUUCCAUUGAUGGGUCAGAUAGAUAGUUUCAACCGGGAAUACUCGCAUUGUUACGGAACAAUGUUGAAGAAUCAUACCAUUAACUCGACUACAAUCCCAUCACAUCUUUAUCUUCAUCUUCUCCAUGAUUACAGGGAUCAGGAUAAGAUGUUCUUCUGCCAAAAGGAUCAAUCUUUAAUCAACAAAGUCCCUUGGCUGGUUGUCAAAUCCAACCUUUACUUUAUUCCAUCUCUAUGGCUGAAUCCUAGUUUCCAAACAGAACUCAUCAAGCUAUUCCCGCAGAAAGACACCGUCUUCUACCACCUGGCACGCUAUCUUUUUCACCCGACAAACCAAGUCUGGGGUAUGGUCACCAGAUCCUACAAUGCUUACUUAUCAAGAGCAGACGAGAUACUCGGGAUUCAAAUACGGGUUUUCAGCAGACAAACGAAAUAUUUCCAGCACGUAAUGAACCAGAUCGUAGCCUGUACACAAAGAGAGAAACUGUUACCUGAAGCAGCUGCGCAAGGAGAAUCACAAGCAACUAAUACAUCAAACCCCACCAAGCUUAAAGCUGUUCUGGUCACAUCUCUGAAUCCAGAAUACUCUAAUAACCUAAAGAACAUGUAUUGGGAACGCCCAACUACAACAGGAGACAUAGUAAAAGUUUAUCAGCCAAGUAGAGAAAGGUUUCAGCAAACAGACAAGAAGCUUCACGACCAAAAGGCACUCGCAGAGAUGUACCUCCUAAGCCUAACUGAUAAACUAAUCACAAGCUCUUCGUCAACAUUUGGAUAUGUAGCUCAAGGUCUUGGAGGAUUAAAGCCAUGGAUACUCUACACACCAAAGAAGUUCAAAACUCCUAAUCCACCAUGUGGUCGUGGUGUAUCCAUGGAGCCUUGUUUCCUUAAACCUCCAGCUCAUAGAUGCGAAGCCAAAAAGGGAAUUAACACAGCAAAAAUCGUUCCUUUUGUAAGACAUUGUGAAGAUCUUAGACAUUAUGGGCUUAAGCUAGUUGAUGAUACCAAAGAUGAGUUAUAGAUUUUACAAAUUGAAACAGAGGAUCUUUCUAAUUGUAUGUAUAGGCAAAUGUAUACAGAUGUAUUAAAAAUCAAAACUUGGC